AGUCUGAUUUUUUCAGGAGAGGAGCUAUCAGAGGCCUUGCCUUGCCCUGCCUUGCCCUGCCUUGCCCUGCCUUGCCCUGCCUUGCCCUGCCUUGCCCUGCCCUGCCCUGCCUUGCCCUGCACCUUGCCCUGCCCUGCCCUGCCCUGCCUUGCCUUCCCCUGCCCUGCCUUGCCUUUCUUUCUUUUUUUUUUUUUUGAGAUCAAGUCUCGCUCUUGUCGCCCAGGCUGGAGUGCAGUGGCGUGUGAUCUCGGCUCACUGCAACCUCCGCCUCCCAGGUUGAAGCUAUUCUCCUGCCUCAGCCUCCUGAGUAGCUGGGAUUACAGGCGCCCACCACCUCGCCCGGCUAAUUUUUGUCCUUUUAGUAGAGACGGGGUUUCGUCAUGUUGGCCAGGCUGGUCUCGAACUCCUGAUCUGAGGGAUCCGCCCGCCUCGGCCUCCCAAAGUGCUAGGAUUACAGGCGUGAGCCACUACGACCGGCCGGUAUUUUCAUUUUUCAACUGCCAGACAGAAAAAGGAGGGCUUGCAACUGCCACGGAGCAACUGCCACGCAGAAAAAGGCGUGGGUGAAAAGAGAGUGGCUUCUGAUAUCCAGUCAGCAGGAGUCGGCCUGAGGGUCCCCGCCUCCAGACCUUGUUAUCCUGCCUCACAGGAUCAUGGAUUUUCCUGGUCACUUUGAACAAAUCUUCCAGCAGCUGAACUACCAGAGACUUCAUGGCCAGCUCUGUGAUUGUGUCAUUGUAGUGGGGAAUAGACACUUUAAAGCCCACCGCUCCGUGCUGGCAGCAUGCAGCACGCAUUUCCGAGCCCUGUUCUCAGUGGCAGAAGGAGAUCAGACCAUGAACAUGAUCCAGCUGGAUAGCGAGGUGGUGACAGCAGAGGCCUUUGCUGCACUGAUUGACAUGAUGUAUACCUCCACCCUCAUGCUGGGGGAGAGUAAUGUAAUGGAUGUCUUAUUGGCAGCCUCUCACCUGCAUUUGAACUCUGUUGUUAAGGCAUGUAAACAUUACUUAACGACAAGGACGCUGCCCAUGUCCCCCCCCAGUGAGCGCAUUCAGGAGCAGAGCGCCCGCAUGCAGCGCUCCUUUAUGCUACAGCAGCUGGGACUAAGCAUCGUGAGCUCAGCCCUCAAUUCCAGCCAGAAUGGCGAGGAGCAGCCAGCCCCCAUGAGCUCUUCCAUGCGCAGUAACCUGGAUCAGCGCACGCCCUUCCCCAUGAGACGCCUUCAUAAGCGCAAGCAGUCUGCAGAGGAGCGGGCCAGGCAGCGCCUCCGACCCUCCAUGGAUGAGUCUGCCAUUUCAGAUGUUACACCGGAGAAUGGGCCUUCAGGGGUUCAUUCUCGGGAGGAGUUCUUUUCACCAGAUUCUCUGAAAAUUGUGGAUAAUCCUAAAGCUGACGGAAUGACUGAUAACCAGGAAGAUAGUGCGAUCAUGUUUGAUCAGUCUUUUGGCACUCAAGAAGAUGCACAGGUGCCCAGCCAGUCUGAUAACAGUGCUGGCAACAUGGCACAGUUGUCCAUGGCCUCUCGUGCAACUCAGGUUGAGACUAGUUUUGAUCAGGAAGCUGCACCUGAGAAAAGUAGUUUUCAGUGUGAAAACCCUGAGGUUGGCCUUGGUGAGAAGGAGCACAUGAGAGUGGUGGUUAAAUCUGAGCCCCUGAGCUCACCUGAGCCUCAGGAUGAAGUGAGCGAUGUGACCUCACAAGCAGAAGGCAGCGAGUCUGUGGAAGUGGAAGGAGUUGUGGUCAGUGCCGAGAAGAUAGACCUCAGCCCUGAAAGCAGUGAUCGGAGUUUUUCAGAUCCCCAGUCUAGCACAGACAGGGUAGGUGAUAUCCAUAUUUUGGAAGUCACAAAUAACCUAGAGCAUAAGUCCACUUUUAGUAUUUCGAAUUUUCUUAACAAGAGCAGAGGAAAUAACUUUACUGCAAAUCAGAACAAUGAUGAUAAUAUUCCAAACACCACUAGUGACUGCAGGCUGGAGAGUGAGGCCCCCUAUUUGUUGAGUCCAGAGGCUGGGCCUGCAGGUGGGCCCUCCUCUGCCCCUGGCUCCCAUGUAGAGAACCCAUUUAGUGAACCUGCAGACUCCCACUUCGUCAGGCCUAUGCAGGAGGUGAUGGGCCUGCCGUGUGUGCAGACUUCAGGCUACCAAGGAGGAGAACAGUUUGGGAUGGACUUUUCCAGGUCUGGUUUGGGCCUCCACUCCUCCUUCUCCAGGGUAAUGAUAGGUUCCCCAAGGGGAGGAGCCAGUAACUUUCCUUACUACCGCCGCAUAGCUCCCAAAAUGCCAGUUGUAACUUCCGUCAGGAGCUCACAGAUCCCAGAAAACUCUACCAGUUCCCAGCUAAUGAUGAAUGGAGCUACGUCCUCAUUUGAAAAUGGCCAUCCUUCCCAGCCUGGCCCUCCACAGUUGACCAGGGCAUCUGCAGAUGUUCUGUCAAAGUGCAAGAAGGCCUUAUCAGAGCACAAUGUUUUGGUUGUAGAGGGAGCUCGCAAGUAUGCCUGCAAAAUCUGCUGCAAAACUUUUCUGACUUUGACAGAUUGCAAGAAGCACAUCCGUGUUCACACAGGUGAAAAGCCUUACGCCUGCCUGAAGUGUGGCAAGAGGUUUAGUCAGUCCAGCCACCUGUAUAAGCACUCAAAGACUACCUGCCUGCGCUGGCAGAGCAGCAAUCUUCCCAGCACUUUGCUCUAGCUGUUUGUCCUUACAAGACAACACUGAGGCCAGUUGUCAGACUGAAUUUCUUUUGGUAAGCAGUUAAUGCCUUUGGGUUCGAGGCUUCCAGCUGCCCAGUGGCUCUUAAACAGUUUAGCAACUAAUAACCGGAGAACUCACAUGUAGUAUUUGUGCUGCUGCAUUUCUGAGUGAAGUGCACGUCUUGGGAAAGGGAUGCAAUCCCUGAAACCAGGUGCUUCCUUGGGGUUGAGUAAUGCAGUCAGAAAGUAGUUUGUAAUUGAUAUUAAAAGUGGCACAUUUAAAAAUUUAAAAAUUGAAGUGCAAAAAAUUUUUUUUAGCAAUUUUUGUAAAACUGUGUAGCAUUUAAAUUUCCUAUACCUUCUGAUGGGAGUAUUAUAUCCCUGUAUAGUGAUGCAAAAUGCACUUAUGUGUAACCAGUGGUGAUUUGGUGCCUGUCUUAAAGGAAGGCCUUUGAGGACACACCUGUCUGCCACAAAUGCUUUAAAGUGUAUCAUGAGCUAGUCCUAGGCCUCAAAGUACUGUAUUUUUAUUUUUACCUGAUUUGCAGUCAUAAACACUGCACUUUGGUGCUGACACUGGGUCCAGAGUAAGCAUUCUCUUGGACUAUUUAGAUGUAUAUACUUUUGAAUACAUCACUGUUGGAUAGAUGUUUUAACAGUUUUUUCUGGUUUAAAAACCAAAUUGUAAAUGGAGUAUGUACUUGUAGAGAGUGACAAGGUAUUGUUUCCCUAUGUGCUGUUUGAGCAGUAUUUUAACCAACUUGUAUUACAGAUAUUACAGUUCCAUGUUAGGAAGUCAGAAAAGAGCUUGUGUUUGUCUUUGUUCUGAUGAUGUGGAGUCAUGUUUUGUGGGGUCUUCCAUGGCACAUUUACCUGUUGCUCCGUCCAGAUGUUGAGGGCCAGUCUAGGCUGACACAUCCUACCCGAGGACAAGCCUGUUCUCCAUUUCUUCUCUCCCCUCCCCAUAUAGCAACUCUCCCAGGUUUAGAUUACCGUUUUCGACGACAGAUUAACCAAAAAUGCCCCACACAGGUUUUAUUACUGUUAUAUACUAUACUUUUAACAGUACAGACCCUAAAUUUUAUUAUUUGUUGCUCCCCCAAUCUGAUACCAAAUGUUUAAAGUUGUUUGAAAUCCAAACAUGGUAGUGUUCAUGGGUAAAUAUUUUCUAGGCUAUGUAAGAGUUAGCAGCCCGUAGCAUAGAAGUAAUCAAGUAGCAUCUGAGACUGUUGGAGGCACUAGGGCUUCUCUGGGCCCUACAGCCUCACUUCCCCAGCCUCACCUUGCUGUCCUCUGACACUGCCAUCAGGGCUGUUAGUGGCACCUGUAUGAGGCCAAGUGUGCGUCCAGGGGAACAGCACAGGUUAAUGCGUCUCCCUAGAACUCAUGAAGUCAGUUUAAUUCAUGCAUGAACAUGAGUUCAUUUUAUGUUUUAUAUAGCUUUCUUAGACAUACCAAACCAUCAUGCAUAAAUCAGAUAAAUUAUUCAGUUUUUGUGUUUAGAAAGCUAAGUAUGUGUAGCUGGAAACAAAAAUGAGCGUGUUUUCUCUCCUGUUAGAGUGUGCAGUUACACAUGUGUGGAUAAUUUCAUGUUCCAGGGGCGCUUGGCAUCUCCCAUGGACUGAUUCCCAGGAAGAAAAGCCCAAAGGGAAACCCACGAUUCCUUUCGAGUAGAUGUGGGAAAGAGCCCAUUGGAUGAUAUGAGGUCCUGUGAAAUUCAGUUGUGUGUGUGGCUCCUUGUUAGCAGUCAUGUUGACAUGGUGUUAGGAGGCUCCCCAUCCACCCUUUACAUGAUGUAGGGACCAGUGUCUUGUGAGAUUAACCUUGGGACACAGUGGGUUAGCCUGGAGAAAACGAGAGGCCCUGCCUGGACCCAGGGAGAGGAGCCAGUGACACAGGCAGAGCGGUGCAGCCCUCCUUCCCUUCCAUUUGGAGGCGGUGGUGCCAGGAGCCUGCCCGCUUACCUCUGCUGAAGCAUAAGUGGACUUUGCUUUUGGGGCUUAUCUCUGAUACAUGCUGGAGCCCUGCCUCUCCACUGCUAGAUGGAACCUGGAAUCUCUCAUCUACCUCUUAGUCUGUCAGUUUCUACGUGUGAGAAGCAAGCUUGUGGGCCAGUGUCCUUGUACAUGCUGUAGCACUUAAAAAAUAAUUCCAGGGUUCCCUGGAAAACCAGUCCCAGGGUUCCUAUGAUCUGUAGUUUCUACCUGGAUUAUAACUGGUUUUGGGUACCUGAAUUUUGAUUGGUUAGCCUUAAUUAUAGUCUGGCGUGAUCAUGUAGAAUCUUUUCUGGUGAACAGAUCAUAAAGUUCUAUCAAGGCAUCCAUGUCAGUGGUGCUAUGCUGGUUACAACUUGAGAUUUUUGAAAUAAAAAAUUUGUCAUAUUCAUGCCUCUAAA